UAAUAGUUCCUAAACUUGCUAUUAAGUAUGAAAAUCGUGUUGUUCUUGGUGCUCGUAUCAAGUGUUAGCUCUAAGCCUGAUAUCUGUAAACAACCCAUCGAUCGAGGCUACCCGAAUAGAAUAUUUUCAGUGGCUGACUUAGUGUAUGGCUACGAUAAGGAUAAGAACAAAUGUGUCGAAUUUUUCUACAGAGGUUUUGGUGGUAACGAAAAUCGAUUCGAUUACAAAGUCGAUUGUGAGAAGAAGUGUGUGCAACCAACCGAAAAGGAACCAUUUGACGAAAAUGAAGUUGUAUAGUAAUUAAAAGAUACAUACUCUCCUGACAUUUGUCACCAAAAUUGUUCCCCAAC